CUCUGUAGACCAGGCUGGCCUUGAACUCACAGAGAUCUGCCCGCCUCUGCCUCCUGAGUGUUAGGAUUAAAGGCUUUCGCCUGGUUGCUGAUUUUGGUGGAUUUACUUUUCUGUUUGAGGAUACCCAAAACAACAGCCCUUUUUUUUAAUAAUUAAAAAUGUGUGUAAGUACUAAAUUUAAAAGGUCUGUGCCGACAGUAAAGUAGAAAAAAAAAAACCCAGAAGAUGAGCCCGAGUCAAUUAAUUCAUCAGCUGAAUCUUAAGCAGUCUGGCCUGUGUUUCAGGGCAAGACAGGGGGGAAGUGGCGUACUGGAAAAUUGUAAAGCCUGACAUUCCUUGCUGAACAUUUCAAAUCCAAGACAAUGUGGGCCUCAUGAUCCCCCUUGAAAUCCUUAGGCCCCUCAGCAAACUUAAAACCCUAGCCAGGUCACCUGGUGGCUUAAAGGAAAGCAGUAGAGUCACGCGUGGCCGCGGAGAUAGAGCUUAUCGGUCAGUGUGUAGUCAAUUGUUAAAGUGAUCCCAAGACCGACUCACAAGGGAUGAGCACACUCGUUUGAGGUGUUGCACAUAAUUCAUGUCGAUGUUCCCACCCCAAACAUUCUCAGGCUAGGGUGGAGGGCUUGUGAAAUUUCGACUUUUGACUUCCUGAAAGCGUGGUUGGGGGAAGUGGGGCUAAGAGCACACCAGAAACCACUAGAAGCUACUCUGACCUCCAGUGUCCUAGUCGGGGCCAGGUGAAGGGCGGUCCAGCCCAAGUAAAAUUUGCAUUACUUGCAGCCGGCCAAUCCGAGGCUAGAAUUGAGCUAGCUCCACCCACUGGCCUCCUCUCUCAGCUCUAAGUCUACCUAGUUUCCUAGCUAGCUGAGCAGAAGCCUUCUUUCUGAUUGAGUGGGGCAGGAGGGUUGAAGCCCUUUGCCUUGGCCAGAAGCUGGUAAGCCCAUCGAUUUGGCCACCUAGUCACCCUCAGCGAAAGAGCGGAGGCACCACUUGGCCUACGUGUCAGGGUAGCCGAGGCCACCCAGGAACACCUGGGAGUCCUGCAGCAAAGAGCCUGUUGCCUCAGGGCCUGCGGUGGUGACUCAGUGACGGACAACACUCUCUUCAGCCUCGCUGCCGAAAUGUCGACUGGUAGGAAUCCGGGGACACCUCGUGGGUCUGAGAAUCAGCGCGGCAACCUCCAGGGUGCCUGCGACCCUGACAGUCCAAGGGUAGAAGUUGGACCUUCCAGGCCCAGGACCAGGAGCCAAGGAAGGCUGGACCAGUCCUCGGAAGGAGCCGCCACCUCCAGCAGGAACCAGCGGCAGAGCAGUCGGGGUGAGCCGUCCAGCCGAGAUCUACCACCUACAGGCGACAUUGGAGGCAGGGUUCUCCGCUCACAUGCCACUGCAUCUGGUCAUCGCGGCGGUGCCUCGGAGGUUAACCCUGAAGUUUGCCUCGCUGACCAGCAGAGAGGCCGGAAUUUACGCCGUCGAGCCACCUCACCGGAUUCUGCUGUUGACAGCACUGCCAGGGAGAACGUUCCUGAUACCAGGAGCACCCCUGCGACAACUCGCAGAGGCCGCAGCGAGUCCAGGUCCAGCCGUGGUGCGUCCGGGUCCAGCCGUGGUGCGUCCGGGUCCAGCCGUGGUGCGUCCGGGUCCAGCGGCGGUGCGUCCGGGUCCAGCGGCGGCGGCGUGAUACUGGUACGAGCAAACCCUUCCAGUUCCGGAUAUGAAUUUCUGAAGAGAUCCUUCCCGGCGACCUCGAGCUCUCCUUCAAGGCGCCCAGUCCGUAUGCGGGCCUCUUCCCCUUCCCCUCCUCGUACGCCAUAUCCUCCCUGUAGUCAGCAUAAUGAAAGUUCCCACUCUUCCUCCUCCUUAUUGUCUCUUGAUUCAUCCAGUGAUUCGAGUGCCCCCUCUUCCCCAAGCAAGUAGGUCACUUGACCGAAACGCCUGCUCCUGUCCAUUUAGUACCAUGAGUUCUACCUCUGUGCCUAGCCACAGUACCCUUUGAUGUGCCUUGAUCCCUGACCUGGAUACCCUGGAUUCUUCCACUUUUGGAGAGUUACAGGAAAAAGCAAAGGAUCCCCUUCACUCUCUAUAGGAGGAAGUAGGGCAUGCCCCUCACUCCCCUACUCCACCGGUGCUGUGACUCUUGUGUCUUCCCAGACUCACAAAAGGAAUCCGCACCUGUCCACUGUUUUCUGUGUGAGGUUUCUAGGAUUUCUCCCUAUUCACCAUUAUCCAGAGCAGUUUUGAAGCCCCCUGGGCCCGGCUAACCAGCACUUAAUAAGCCGCUUCAAUUCCAUGCUUCCCUAGCCCGGUUUUUGUUGUUGUUGGGGUUUCUUUCUUUUUUUUUGCUUCUCAGAGUUUUGCCUUCCCCAUUGCUUUAUGUAAUUAAACAUUUUAAUAAAAGUAUUAAGUUUUAUUUUAAAAAUUUAGUCUCUAUUGUGGUGCAAUUACUUUUAGGAUUUCAUACCUGGAGGAUUAAGGAGUAUCAUCAAGCUAGCUGACUGUUUGGAAGGAAUGAGGGAUAAAAUACUGACCUAGAACUGUCUGAGAUGGAGCUCUGCCCCAAACGUUACUACUUAAGGCCAUUUGUAUAGCUUUUUAGCAUAGGUGACUUAUAACUUGGGAAAGGAAAAAAAAAUAUGAAGAGUCCGAAAAAGGCAGAGUGGGCAUGAUCUCAAGUGGGGAGGGAAAAAUGGGAAGUGGGGGCUGGGAAGAAGACUGAUGAGGAGAGAAUAGCUGGGGUCCAGUCCAGUGCCUGAGGAUAAGGGGACUUAAUUUUGAUAGUAGAAUAGGGUUUAUGUGUUGGAAGUUGGUAGGGAGAGGAGAAAAAGAGGGGCGGGCCUUCUGAAGGCUCAGAUGAGACUUGGUCAUAGAUGGGCAAUGUUAAUGAGAUGCAUGUGUGCUGUGGAUGGCGCUAUAUGUAAGUAGACCCUGAGUGGCCAACAGCCAAACAGGAAGUAUAGGCGGGACUAAUAGGAGAAUGGAGAAAGGAAGGAGAGGGGAG